UGAUCGUCAUAUUCCCUCCAUGUCUACGCCGAGUCUUUUAUCAUAAACUGCAUCAACUCGAUGACGCUUGAAUGGGUCCUAUUGCAACUCAAGCAUCCUCUCAACCUCUCAACCUCUCCACGGCCGGUGAUCAUUUCUGGGCACUAUGUUUGUAGCGGUUAAACGUCAAUAUCCGCGGUGCCUCCGCCAGCUACAUGCCAUGCAAAACUGUCAAGGAUACUAUGGCUUUCCAACGAGUCAUGCCGAUCUAUUGUCCAGGAUUCCAGGAUUCCAUAAUUUCGUUUUUAACCCCCAACUAACCCGCCAACUGUAAAUGGCUCUUGGGCUGUUUUUGUCGGCCGCAAACGCGCAAAACUGCACUCCGCUUACUCCGUCGGCGCAGCUCAAGAUAAGCGAAGGUUAUACCGCCCAGGUUAUCUUGAAUGGGUUGAAAGUACCACGCAACAUCAUCUUUGAUACGGUAGGAAACUUACUCGUGUCCGAACAAGGAGGGGCCGGUAUUAGGAGGGUCGUCUUGACAGAGAGUGACGGAAACGUCUGUGCAGCUUCAAGCGCCCAGUUGAUCCCCGAUACAUCGUUGAACCACGGCAUCGCACUCAGUCAAGAUGGAAAGACCCUCUUCGUGUCGAAUAUGGCAAGCGUGUACGCAUAUCCAUAUGACGCAGAAGCCGGGACUGUCGGGACCAAAAAGACGUUGAUAGAGGGUAUGGGAAGCGGAGGCCAUAUCACUAGAACACUUCUUAUCCCUUCGAGCGCCCCGGACGUCCUCUUAGUCUCACGCGGUUCCGACGGGAAUAUUGAUAAUACGACUACCAGUGUUGAAGCCGGGAAAAGUAUAAUCAAGACGUUCAAGAUUUCGGAAUUACUUGCAUCGGAGACCGCGACAGACUAUGCAUCCGGGGGUGAGGUUCUAGGCUGGGGCCUGAGAAACUCGGUCGGUGUCGGCGAGGACCCAUCAACAGGUGGUAUUUGGUCUGUUGAGAACUCGGCAGAUAAUAUUGUUCGUAGCGGUGUCGACAUUCACAAUGAAAACCCGGCAGAGGAACUGAACUAUCACGGUGUCAUCAAAGACACGGAAAACUCCCUAAAGGGCCAGAAUUACGGAUAUCCAGCUUGCUUCUCUGCUUGGCAAACUACGAAUAUUCCGUCGAAUUCCAAAAUUACCGCUGGCUCACAGUUUGGUGGCAUAGCCGGCACUCCUUUCGAGCAGGUAACGGCGAGCAGCUCAUUAGAAGAAGUUGACGAGUUUUGCCGCACCGAACGGCAAGGGCCGCGUCUAAUCUUCCCUCCCCAUACAGCCCCGUUGGAUAUUAAAUUCAAGGAAGAUGGAAGUGCUGCCUACGUUGCAUUUCACGGGAGCUGGAACAGAAAUCCUCCUGAUGGAUAUCGGGUGGGCAAGAUUGCAUUCGCCAACGGCCAGCCCGUAGCAAAGGUCACAGAUACUACGGCCGUGGAGUAUAUCCUGCAAAACGAGGACACAACUAAAUGCCCGAGUGCGUGCUUUCGUCCCGUAGGUCUUGCGUUUGACAAGAAGGGUCGUCUAUUUAUGGCUGCCGACAUGUCUGGAGAAAUCUUUGUGAUUACCGAGGGUUAAACCCAUUGCAAAGUAAGAUAUAACUAUGUUCAUUGAACCAGAGCGUGCGAGAUCUUGUGUGUAUAUAUCGGAUUUCCUGCCGUAUAGAUCUUAAUAAUGUAGGACGUUGGGAUAUACCUGCCUUUCCGGCGGAGUCUUCUUCGUAAUGUCGUCAGUUUAACUCCAAAACAAGUGUUGAACGUACGGGAGAGGAUAGUGUAUACCUUAUACUCGACCAACCAGCCAGCCUUUAACUGGGACGAUAAAUAAUCGCCUCA